UAAGAGCUCUCUACUAUAAAUAAAAUAAACCGACCAUUUUGUUUCAUCUUCGUCGCCGCCAACUGAUCUCAGAUACUUCUUCUUCUUCAUCACAGAUCCUUUUUGUGUUCAAGCCAAAUCUGUAAAAAUGCAGAACGAAGAAGGUCAGGUCACAGAGCUCUACGUUCCAAGAAAAUGCUCGGCAACAAACAGAUUGAUCACAUCAAAGGAUCAUGCUUCUGUUCAGCUUAACAUUGGUCACCUUGAUGCUGAUGGUGUUUACACCGGCCAAUUCACCACUUUUGCUCUCUGCGGAUUUGUCCGAGCUCAGGGAGACGCAGACAGUGGCGUGGACAGGCUCUGGCAGAAGAAGAAGGUCGAAGCUAAACAACAAUGAAGACACAAAAUCAAAGAAUCUCGACCUCUUUGUUUGCUUUUUUUUUUGAGGUUUCCAUUUAAUAUUAGCAAUGUGGCUUCGUUCGUUUCUCUGCUUGCGAAUUCAUGUUUUUGGAUUUUUCUAUGGUUUAUGAAAGAUAUUUAUUAUUAAGCUUUUGAGGCCAAUGGAAUCAAAUUCUUA